AUGCGGUCGCAGUUGACGCGCAAUGUGUGCCUCCGACUGCUAGCCAACCAUGGCUCGCUGCGGCCAUGUCGCGCCCUGUCCGGCCGCUGCCUUGCCACAUCCUCCCGCGCGAGACCGCUUACCCCCCUCCUAGGCCGCCGCCAAUCUCGGAGAACGUUCUUCGGCAUCUUCCAGAAGCCGCCACGGAUGCUUAAGGAGCCCGACCUGGAGCCCGGCUACGACGUGCUGCUGCAGUUUAGGAGCGUGGAGGCGGACGAUGCGCGGCCGCCGCCCCGGGCGGAGCUUCUGAAGGGCUGGACGCAGUUCAUCCAACACAAGAGAAAACACCACCACAAAGCCCUCAACUCGACACAGGCCUUCCUCACGCUGCGACUGCUCCGCUACCUCGUAACGACGGAGCCGGACGCGGACGACCACCAUGGCGAGGAUCUCAGCUUCGCCGACCUCCGCGCGGCGCUAUGGGUCACGGCAUCCAAGCUGCCAAAGGGCACGAGCGAGCACCACCUCGAGCUUGCAAAGCUGCUGUACGGGGAGAUCGAGCGGAGGAUACAGAACAUGCGCGAGCUGGGCAUCGACGAGGAGGUGAUCAGGGACGCUGUCGGAAGCGGCAAGGAUGCCAGCGACUUUGAGCUGUUCCUGACGGCUCUCACACAGUAUGGCGGGUCACUAGAGGCCGCCCAACGGCUGGCCGAGUUUAGGGCCAGUACAAACGGAGAUAAGAAGAUGAUGGCGCGGGUGAGGGUGUUUUGGACCUUGGUGCUGCGCGGUCUGGCCAAGGAGGGCCGCGAAGAGGAGCUGCUCCGCGAGUACAAGAAGGCGGAGGAGGCGAGCGUCGAGUACAUGCCGCCGAUCCACGAGAUCAUGACGACAUUCUUCGCGACGCGGGAUAGGGUGGAGGAGACGAAGUACUGGUUUGAGAAGCCGGUGUACGGCAACUGGCUGCGGAGGCCAAAGGCGUACAUGGAGGUGGUCAGGUUCGCGAUUCGGAAUGGAGAGCAGCAGUGGCUCCAGCCGAUCUUUGAGCAAUUGAUACAGUCAAACCCGCAGAAGGAGUGGUGGGAUGUGGUCUUCCACUGGGCCGUGGUGGUCAUGGAUAAGGGGGUUGAAGACAUCAAGCAGAUGAUCCGGGCCAUGUCGGCACCGGUGGAUGGGAAAUCGGGACCAAAGCCGGACGCCGGUACCCUCGACACCCUAAUCACGGCAGCUAUCGAGAAGCAGAACCCUUACCUUGCCGAGAGGUUUCUCUCACUGGGUGCCGAGCUGGGCAUCCGGCCGAAGGCAUCCACAUAUCUCCUCCAGAUGGACUACCGCGUGGAUGCCAAGGACUUCAGCGGCGUCCAAGCAAUCUACGAUAAGCUGCUAAAGGGGGAGGUCACUCCAAAGCAGGACGAGGACCUCCCCGUACUGAACAAGUACCUACGCGCGCUAUGCUCCGUUCCGGAGCCCGACCUCGGCCGAAUCCUCGACAUCACGGCGGACCUCGAACAACGGCACGCGACGCUGGAGCCCGAGACGGUCGUCGCGAUCUGCAUGGUCUUCCUCCGCAACGACAACCAGUACGACGUGAUCGACACGCUCUCCCUGCACACCGUGUCCUACAGCCUGGAGGAGCGCGCGCAGGUCCGCCGAGCCUUCGUCGACUACUGCCUCGACCGCAAGGUCAGCACGGCGCGCGCGUGGGACUGCUACUCGCUGGUGCGGCAGUUCUUCCCGGAGAUGGAGCCGGACGAGCGCGUGCGGCUGAUGGACGGCUUCUUCGCGCGGCGGCGGCCCGACAUGGCCUGCUUCGUCUUCGGGCACAUGCGGUCGCAGGGCAACCUGGCGCAGCGCCCCACGGCCGACAUGUACGUGCGCUGCCUGGAGGGGUUGGGCCGGCACCCGGACGCCGAGUCGCUCAAGAUGGUGCACAACAUGCUCAAGAUGGACACGACGGUGCAGAUGGACACGCGGCUGUACAACGCGCUGAUGCUGGCGUACGCGGGCUGCGACGAGCCCGCCACGGCGCUCGAGUUCUGGCGCGACAUCACCAACUCGGCCGAGGGCCCGUCCUACCACAGUCUCGCCAUCGCCUUCUGGGCCUGCGAGCUGCAGCCCGCCUACGGCGACCGCACGGCCCGCGGCAUCUGGCAGAAGAUACAGCGCAUGGACCUCGAGGUGCCGCCGGACGUGUUCUGGGCGUACUGCGGCGCCAUCGCGGGCAGCGGCCACCUCGAGGAGGUCAUGCGCCUGAUCCGGGGCAUGGAGGCUAGCGUAGGGUACGGGCCGGGGAUGAUGACCCUCGGAGUGACGUACAAUGCGCUGCCCAGCGAGGGUAGGAAGGAGCAGUUCGAGGCUUGGGCCAGGGCCGAGUACCCCGACAUCUGGGCGCAGCUAGAGAAGAAGGGGCGCAAGGAGACGCUCAUGGGCACCAAGUUCAACAUCGACAGGGAAAUGAAAGCCUAA